AUGGACGUGAGCUUCUCUGCGAAGUGUCAAGCUCUGUCUUUAAUAUCUUGCGCUCCUCUCUAUUCAUUCCUCUCUCCUCGUGGUGUUCGAUCCCUCCGUAGAGAGUUUCUUGGGUGCGGACACAGUUUGAGGCCUCCGGGUCUUCGCUCCCCAAGAAAAUGCAAGAAACUAGGGUUUCACAUUCAUUCGCCAAGAUUUUUUUUCAGAGCCUCUUUGGAUUCGCAAUCCGUUCUCGUCGUUGUCACUGUGGUCAUGGUUUCGGCUCUUACUGUUGUCUAUCUGAGUCACUCAAAAAGACACAACAUAACAGAGGUAUCAGAUCAGCUGAUGCGUGCAUUAUCCCAUCGGAUCAGAUGUUUGAUGAACUGGGCCAGUGAGGAUCGGAGCUUGGGCCCUUUAGAUCUUUGGGGAGAGAAAUUUGCAAAUAACCAUAAAGAUUUGAUGAAGGAAACGAAAGAAAGCAGUCGUGAUUUUGAGGAUAAUGUGGCCCAACUUCAAUCCAUGAACAAUGGUUUGCUGAAUGAGGAAACUCUCAUCACCACCACACUAGACUCUCCUGAUUCAGGUGCAGGUGCAGUACCAUUGACUUUUACCACAGAAAUGUGUGAAAGAGUGGAAACUGAGAUCAGCUCCGAGUUGCCUACAGUAAUGGUUAAAACUGGGUUGAUUGCCUCUUCUAGUCCUGUGAAUAGUGUAUUGUCUGAACUUAAUGAACUUGAAAAGCCAAACCAUGAGCUUGUUGAAGAUAGUCAAAGUAGUAGCUAUAUUGGCAUUUCUAGGGCUUCUGUCCGUAAAGAGCUCUACACAUUUUAUGAGACAGAUCAGCAUCAGCCUCUAAGGAAUUCUGUGGUAAACUUAAAUGGCAUGCAGACAUUGUGUUCUCCUGGUUCCCUUCGAGAUAAUGACUGUUUUCCUUCAUUGAUGAUAAGUUCCUCAACUGAAGGAGCAAAAGUUUCUGGGAAGGACAUUCUCCAUACUGCAGGUUGUAUACUGGAAAUUCUCUUAGAGUGUGAUCUCCACUUACUGGUUUGA